UGCGCGCUCCGGCAGGCUCAGCGGCGGUAGCGGCGGUGGCGGCGGUGGCGGCGGCUGGGACUGGCGCGCGUAGGGCCGGCGCACCGGCAGCAGGUGGGCGCGGUGCGGGCCGGCGGCGGCGGCGGCGGCGGCGGCAGUGGGCCUGGAGGCUGUCGGGCGGCGCUCGGUUCGGGCACAACCGGCCUUGCGGAGCACCAUGGACUUCAACAUGAAGAAGCUGGCAUCAGACGCGGGCAUCUUCUUCACCCGGGCCGUGCAGUUCACAGAGGAGAAAUUUGGCCAGGCCGAGAAGACUGAGCUUGAUGCCCACUUCGAGAACCUUCUGGCCCGGGCGGACAGCACCAAGAACUGGACAGAGAAAAUCCUGAGGCAGACAGAGGUGCUGCUGCAGCCCAACCCCAGUGCCCGAGUGGAGGAGUUCCUGUAUGAGAAGCUGGACAGGAAGGUGCCCUCACGGGUCACCAACGGGGAGCUGCUGGCUCAGUACAUGGCAGAGGCGGCCAGCGAGCUGGGGCCCACCACUCCUUACGGGAAGACGCUGAUCAAGGUGGCAGAAGCGGAAAAGCGCCUGGGAGCCGCGGAGAGGGACUUUAUCCACACGGCCUCCAUCAAUUUCCUCACGCCCCUGCGCAACUUCCUGGAAGGGGACUGGAAGACCAUUUCGAAGGAGAGGCGGCUCCUCCAGAACCGGCGUCUGGACUUGGAUGCCUGCAAGGCGCGGCUGAAGAAGGCCAAGGCCGCGGAAGCCAAAGCCACGACGGUGCCUGACUUUCAGGAGACUAGACCGCGUAAUUACAUUCUCUCGGCCAGCGCCUCGGCGCUCUGGAACGACGAGGUGGACAAGGCCGAGCAGGAGCUCCGAGUGGCCCAGACAGAGUUUGACCGGCAGGCCGAAGUGACCCGUCUCCUGCUGGAGGGCAUCAGUAGCACUCACGUGAACCACCUUCGCUGCCUCCACGAGUUCGUCGAGUCUCAGACAACUUACUAUGCCCAGUGCUACCGCCACAUGCUGGACCUACAGAAGCAGCUGGGCAGAUUUCCAGGCACCUUCGUGGGCACCACCGAGCCCGCCUCCCCGCCCCUCAGCAGCACCUCGCCCACCACCACGGCUGCCACCAUGCCCGUGGGGCCCUCGGGGGCUGGCCUGGCCCCUCCCGGGGAGGCCGCUCUCCGCCUGGAAGAGGUGGCUCCUCCCGCCAGCGGCACCCGGAAGGCCCGGGUGCUCUACGACUACGAGGCGGCCGACAGCAGUGAGCUGGCCCUGCUGGCUGACGAGCUCAUCACUGUCUACAGCCUGCCCGGCAUGGACCCCGACUGGCUCAUUGGCGAGAGAGGCAACAAGAAGGGCAAGGUCCCUGUCACCUACUUGGAACUGCUCAGCUAAGCGGGCCUCCUCCCGAGCCUGCCCUUUCUGGCCUGGGCAGGAGAGGACGGGUGCGACCCCGCCACUUGUCUCGUCUGUUGGUGACCCAGCUGCUCAGGGUGGGGAGAGCAACCCCACCCCGUCCCGCCCCCGGGCGUCUGGCUGCGAGGGGCCCCGGAGGCUGAAUGAUCCCGGCCCCUCCCCCAGCCCUGCUUCUGACCUGGUUCCAGAGCCUCCCCCAACCUGCCUGCGUCCCUGAGCGCCCCAGCCCGGCCGGCUCCUGCUGAGGAGAGGGUGCUGGCUGCAGCAGCGGCGGCCCUCAGCUCCCAGGCCCCCGGGGCUCCGUGCGGACGGACGGCCUGAGGAAGCCAUGGGGUGCGGGCUUGGCAAGACAGCGCCUGCCUUUUAGUUGCCAAAAGCAGCCGAGGGGGAAAGGCAGGCAGGUAGGUCUAUGCGCGGCAGGCCCGGGGAGCGGGUGCUGUCCCCUCUGGCUGAGCCCUGGCAGAGGGGAGCCCGGCUGGAGAGGCGGGGCUGGGCCACAGCGGCAUCUCCCCGGUGCUACCCUCCCCGCCCAGCGCGAGCCAAGUGUGGCGGCUGCAGCCUGCCCCUCUCUGCACUCACUUUUUAACUGAUCUUUUUACUCUGCUGUCUGCUUGCUCUCUAGCCAGUGACGCAUAAUAAACCAUCCUUCGUGUGCA